UUUUUGUAUUUUCCUGUUGUUAGGACAAACAGAAGAGACAGCGCAGGUGAGGGAUCGAAAUCCAAGAAAAGACGCACUCGCUUCCCUUCUCCACCGCCAAUCAUUCGUUACCAGACCCCCUUCAUCAACUUCCUCCGCAGUCAAGACCCAACGCCGGUAAACUCAGCCUUACCACCUCCUCUACCACCACCUUUGUCACAUGACUGGCCCGAGGAGCCGUGCGCGACGAGAAGCAUCCCACUCCAGAACGAUAUGUCGUUUCCUUGGGAACGCAACGAUUUGAUUUCAAACCAGAUGCCUUCAUUUCCAUCCGCCAACUCAAGUUUCAAACUGGAGCUCAACAGAACCUUUCACUGGCGUGAAAGCUUUGCGUUUCCGCCCUCGGAGCUGCCGGCGGAAGAGUUGCAGCAGCCACAGUUUCCCGCGCAAUGUUGGUCAGCGCCGUCGUCAGGAUUUAGCUUGUUUGAAGAUGCGCAGUCGCAGAUGCAGCACUAUACAUCACGUGAUCAGUAUUGGAGAGAAAGUUAGAAGCAGACCUGUGAUCAGAAGUGAACGAACAAUUUCAAACAUUUACCAGUGUGUGGUAAAACCUCAGGCGUUUCAGCCAAUAAGGAUUAUAUAUCGUUGUGCCCCGUUGCGGAUGAUGAAUAGUGUCCCAUGCUUGUAUUAACUUAGUUUUUCACAAGGCGACAACGAACAUUGAUAAACAUGACAUUUAGAAACAAUUUCUGUUAAACUGAGUACAAAAAUCGUAUAUUGCUUUAAUUGUUAACUCGAUAGCUUUUAAAACGCAGGGUCAAAAAUAUUUUAUUUUUCUUCUCAGGAAAAUUGAUAAGAUAAUUCCGUAAGUGUUAAGUGUAGAAGUACAAGACUAUCUGAAACACGUCUCGACAAGUCGAGUUGUGAGUUCAAAAGUCAAUUCCGCAGGAAUUUCCGAAAUAACAAAUAUUCUUAUCUUAUCGGCCGGUUGAUAAUGUCUUUUUUCGGUAUGUAUCAGCGUUCCAGUUACGAGACUUAAUUAGGUUACGGGUAUAAAAAGCAUUUCGUUACAAAUAAAAACUGAAAUAUGUUAACAAAAAAUGUCUUCACUUGAUAGCUCUUGCUAAAUUCGUCACUAAACUCUAUUUUUAUUGCCCCGUAAAUGAAUGAGUACAUCUAAUUAUAUGUAGUGCUUGGUAGUUGCCUUCAGUUGAUAGCUCUUAUUAUGCCAUCACUAAACUCAGUUUUUAUUGCCGUUCGACGUUCUUUAAUUUAGACGUUCUGUCACACACUUGUCUGGCUUGUCUUAACAAUCUUGCGUGUAGGUUGUGACUGGACUGUAAAAGACAUCCCACUGCUUUUCGUGCGUGCGACUUCGCUCGGGAACCGCAGAAACGUACAUACACGCAACAUACACCCGUGCUUUUGUGCGAGUAAUAUUCCCUCCGCGCGCUGCGUUACUAUUGCACUGUUUUGGUUGUUGUUGCUGUUUUUUAAACUUUGCAUCAACAAGCGAUUCGGUUUAAGAAUUUAUAC